GAUUUAAGGUUAUGUUGGUUUCAAACGCAAAGUGAAUAACCAUACUGCCGUAAUUUUACUAAAAAAGCUAGGUUACAAUGGCCAAACCUUGGCAAGAGUUACUCGACGUCCUAACGACGAAACUGAUGUCAGAACUCACUAGUGAUUACUUUUCCAACUCUGAAAAAUUGAUGACUUACAUUUGCUCUGAACACUAUUAUAGGAGCGAGCUGCUGGAGUGGCUGGACAGCCGGCUGCGCGACGCCCCGCGCGGCAAGAGCCCGGCCCGCGCCGCGCAGCUCCGCGCCGAGGGCAACCGGCUCUUCCAGGCGCAGCGCUUCCCGGACAGCCUGAGGCUGUACUGGGAGAGCGCGCGGCACGCCGAGCCGGGCUCGGAGGAGCUGGCCCUCGCCCACUCGAACCGCUCGGCCGCCCUCCUGCACCUGGGACAGCUGCAGGACUGCCUGAGGGAGACGGAGCUGGCCCUCGCCGCGGGGCUGCCCCGCCGCCUGCACUUCAAGCUGCACCUGCGCCGGGCGGAGUGCCUCUUCCGGCUGGGCCGGUUCGGGCGGGCCGGCGACGCCUACUCGCGGGCGCGGGAGUGCCUCGCGGCCAGCGGCAUGCAGAGGAAACACCAGGUGGCGGUCGAGGAGGAGAUUGUCAAAGGGCUGAACGCGUCUUGGGAGGAAGAGGCGUUGGGACGCGGCUGCGACGACCCGGUGGAGGCGAGCCCCGGUCCGGAGCUGCCGCGGCCCUCGUACGGGGAGAGCGACGUCCUGGCGCACGCUUCGGCCGCUCUCGAGUUGCGCUACAGCGAGGAGAAGGGCCGGCACGUGGUGGCGAACAGGGACAUCUCCGCAGGCGACACGCUGUUCGUGGAGCGGCCGUUCGCGCUGGUCGUUCUCCCGGACGAGGGGGACGCCGUGCACUGCCACCACUGCUGCGCGGCCACCGCGCUGCCCGUGCCGUGCGAGCGCUGCGCAGACGGGGCGUACUGCGGUGCAGCGUGCCGGGAGAAAGCGUGGCGGGCCCACCACCGCUGGGAGUGCGCCGGGGGGCUGCGCCUGCUGCAGUCCCUGGGCAUCGCGCACCUGGCCCUGAGGGUGCUGCUGGGAGCGGGCGGUGCGCGGGAGGCCCUGGGCGCGGCGCGGGAGCUGUCCGCGCGGCCCUGGUCCCCGGUGCGGGGUCCCGCAGCGUGCGACGGCUACGCCGCGGUGCACCAGCUGCUGCCCCACCUGGAGCGCCUGGAGCGCGAGGACUUCGUGCAGUAUGCGCUGACGGCGGCUCUGCUGGCCCUCUACCUGUCCGGCCGCACGGACUACCUCUCGGACCCGGGGGAGGAGGAGGGGGAGGGAGCGCUGGCCGCGGUGGCAGCCCUGCUGCACCGCCACGUGGCCCAGCUGGUGUGCAACGGCCACGCCGUCACGGAGCUGCGCACGGAGGGCGAGGGCGACGUGGUGACGGAGCGGCAGGCCCGGGUCGCCACGGCCAUCUACCCGUCCGCCAGCAUGCUGAACCACUCCUGCGACCCCAACAUCAUCAACAGUUUCUACAACCAGUAUUUAAUCAUCCGAGCAUGUCGAGACAUUCCCAAAGGCGAAGAAGUGGUCAAUUGCUAUGGCCCGCACUUCCGCCGGACCGGGACGCGCGAGCGGCGGGCGCUGCUCAGUGGGCAGUACCACUUCGCCUGCGCCUGCAACCGCUGCACCAGCGAAGCCUACUUCGACUUCCUGGACAGGUUCGGCGGGCUGCAGUGCCUGAGCUGCGGGGGCCCGCUACUGGAGGACACCUUGCGGGCCACUCCUGAGGUCCCCCACCCGGUGGUGUGCAUCGAGUGCGGAGACACUCGCGGCUACGAGCAGCUGGCGGAGAUGGCCUUCCAGACGCAGCACGCCUACAGGGAAGGGCGCGAGCUGCUCGAGGCGGGCGCCGUGCGGGAGGCGCUGGCACGUAUGCUGGAGUGCUGGCGCGUGCAGAGCCGCUGUCUGUUCUGCUACAGCUCGGCCGUGCUCGCCUGCCAGGACGACAUCGCCCGCUGCCACGCCACGCUGGGUAACUACGGGGGAGAGCGUGCGGUUCCUGGAGCUGGGGCUGCCGGCCGUGGAGAACCGCUACGGUUACGACAGCAUCGAGAUGUGCAACGAGCUGCUGAAGCUGACGGAUGCGAUGGUGUGCCACGCGCAGCAGCUGCGCGGCCGCGGGACGCGGCACGACCUGGAACGCGUCUGCGCGCGGGCCCUGGACCACCUGGGCCAGGCCAGGGAGCUCAUGGAGAUGCACUACGGGGCGUGGUGCCCCGCCCUGCAGGAGAUCGCAGCCAAGGAGCGGCAGCUCCGGAAGUACACCGGCGCUCCGUCGCCACCACCGUCGCCCUGAGCUGAGAACUGCCGGCGUAUAGGUUCUGUGGACCGUCGCCCAGAGCUUAGAACUGCCGGCGUAUAGGUUCUGUGGACCUUCGCCCAGAGCUUAGAACUGCCGGCGUAUAGGUUCUGUGGACCGUCGCCCAGAGCUUAGAACUGCCGGCGUAUAGGUUCUGUGGACCGUCGCCCAGAGCCUAGAACUGCCGGCGUAUAGGUUCUGUGGACCGUCGCCCAGAGCUUAGAACUGCCGGCGUAUAGGUUCUGUGGACCGUCGCCCAGAGCUUAGAACUGCCGGCGUAUAGGUUCUGUGGACCGUCGCCCAGAGCUUAGAACUGCCGGCGUAUAGGUUCUGUGGACCGUCGCCCAGAGCUUAGAACUGCCGGCGUAUAGGUUCUGUGGACCGUCGCCCAGAGCUUAGAACUGCCGGCGUAUAGGUUCUGUGGACCGUCGCCCAGAGCUUAGAACUACCGGCGUAUAGGUUCUGUGGACCGUCGCCCAGAGCUUAGAACUACCGGCGUAUAGGUUCUGUGGACCGUCGCCCUGAGCUUAGAACUGCCGGCGUAUAGGUUCUGUGGACCGUCUACUGUACAUUCUUUUUGAAAAAUUAAAUCCCCUGACCUUACCAGGUUUUUCCUUUA